ACAGGCUAACUGUGUAAUUUGCUAGCUCACAUAAUUUUCUUGUAAAACACAAGGCCUUCACUCAUUCGCGGACAAACCCAAGAUAUACUUUUUGGUCACAGGCUUGAUUAUAUUGGAAGCGCAAACUGUUGAAAUAAAAUAUUUUUAUACAAGGGAAUCUCCCCAUGUUAAACUAUUGAUGCCAUCAAGAUACCCAGCGACAAAUUAGACUAUUUACUAUAACCGUAGGCCACAAAGUUUCUAUCUCGAUAUCUGGCUCCAUGGAACAAGACAGCCAUGUCAAGUCUCUUUAUAUGGAUGAUGGUAUAGACGGAAACCGAGACACACAAUCUACUUCCGCAUUGAUCUCACAACAAGUCUUAUUGUUAUGUCCGCGGCCCGAACCGCGGCUGAAAUAACUCAGUAAGAAUCUUCAGACAAUGUGUUACAGAAGCUGCUAUAAAUAGGCAACAAAGAAAUGGAUAUAUGGAUUUAUCCAUGGAUUGUCCUGUUAUUCUAUGCGCAAUGCCAAGCAGCAUUGUGUCCUGACAAUCAGUUUGGUUCUCGAUGUCAAUUCAAGUGUCACUGUGUGGACAAGUGUGACUCUGAAGGAAAGUGCUUUGGAAAUUCAACAAAAUGCUCACCUAGAUGGUUUGGGUUCAGAUGUCAAUACAGAGACAUUGCCGAAGACGCCAGCGUAGAGCCACCACAAGCCAAGUCAUGGUUGAGCGAAGGUCCAUUGUGUCAGCAAGGCUUAAGUCUCAUAAGACUGACUCUAACCUGGGGCGUGCCGCAGUCUUUCACCUGGCUGAGAAUAGCCAAAUCAAAUAUAUCGUAUGCUGCGAAUAUCACCCUAAAGUUAAGGGCGACUACUUCGUCAACUCUCUCGUGCACCAAUAUGAAAAUGUUUUACAUCGAUGCCUUGACCUUUGACAUUAGAUGUGACGUCAAUGAAGCAAUCGACCAAUUAACAAUAGAGAGUAACAUUGUGGACUACAUAUGUUCUCUGAGAGUCAGUGGAGGUAGAAAUUUAGCCAUCUUCCAAUCAACCAAUCAAUCAUCCACAUUAAAUAAUAACUCACUAUUUAGUGCACAGUACGCAGUAGAUGGUGUGAUAAAGGACACCUGUGGAUCAGGAUACUGUGCUAAUACUUCUUCAAAUGACAAUACACCAAGCUGGCAAAUAACCUUUGACCAGCCCUACAUACUAAAUACUUUUAUUUUAUAUAACAGCAAUGACGCUCAAGAGCGACUAAAAUAUUUUGUGAUUCAUAUUUUGGACUCUAACAGAUCUAUAUUAUUUACUAAACAAGGCGAUGGAGUGAAUCGUCCCAGAUACACCGUUCUGUAUUUCAGCAUUUUGGCUAUUGCAGCGGUAAACCUCAGUAACAUGUAUAGGUUUGAUUAUGAACCUGUGCCCUACGUCAGUAUCAAUGAAUUUGAAGCUUACGGAGAGUGUGUUCCAGGAUUAUGGGGGCUAGAAUGCAAUAAUUUAUGCAAAAGAGAAUGCCGAGAUAGUUGCCUUAUGGAAGAUGGAUCAUGUACAAAUGAAGCUAUUGAUGUGUUUGAUUCCAAAUGUGCCAAUUGUUCUUGGGAUAUGAGCCAAUGUAACACAAUUGGCAACACAACUGAUAGAUUUAUUACUGAAUCUGACUUUGGAACAGGCUUCGGCGCUGGUUUUGGUGCAGGGGUAGCAGUGACAUUAGCCAUAGUUGGUGCCACAAUUUUUAUAUGGUACAUUAUUCAAUGGCGUAGAUCAAAACUGAAAGCAGGUAUGAGCGUGAAGGAGCACUCCUACGACCAAACCGACGUUACCCAAAAAGAGAGUCACCGUUAUCAAGGGAUUAAGGUUCAGGUCUCUAGUAAAGAAAAAACUUACGAGCCUAUGGAAGACGCCCAUGUGGGCGUCACUUCGACGAGAAACAAUGCAGAUGUGUAUGUAAAUACAGAGAAUAAUUAUGACGAAACAUUUUAGGAACAUACUAUUAAACGUCUGCAUUAGAUGUGUAAAUUAUGUGUCACGAUCAUCAAUGUGCCAAUGUCACGAUCUUUUAUGAUGUUAGAUGUCACGUUGAAGAUUAUCUUGAUCUAAACAGCACAAUCAAUGAUCGUGGCUGACGAGGAUCUAGAAAUCGUCAGUUGAUAGGAUGAUCAUUUAGAAGUUGCCAGUUGAUAAGAGGAUCAUCUAGAAGUUGCUAGUCGAUAAGACGAUCUAAGUAUGUUAUUAUUAUAAUCAAUGAAGAAACUUCUCUUCGACAAAUACUUUAAUUCAGAACUUGAAAAAGCUAUUCACAAUAAUUACAAUGAUAUACUGUGAUUGAAUAAAACAUGAAAUAUAUUUCUACUAGUUUAAAUGAUCUACACAAUAAUAUGAUCAUGUCAUCUUUCUUUGAGUUCCAACACAAGACUUUAGUACAUCUUCUCUCUAACACGUUCCGCUCGACACUGCCGGCAAUCUAGAAUCUUUCCUGGGCUCUAGAGCGUUACCACGUGACUAACAUCUCUCCGUCGCAUGGCCAACCAAUAAAAUACAACUUAACAUACAAUAGUUAACAUUUCUGACCAAUUACAAUUAUUAUAAUAAAAGGUUUCUGUCUACUUGGAUAUCCCCGAGCUAGCUGAAAUGUUGCCGGCGAACCUUGAGCUAAAUAUAGAUUAAGCGUACAUGACAUUAUGUAGGUCGCAACUGGUCAUAAGAAACACUGGACUCAUCCGUAAUCUUCGGAAUUAAUGACACUUCCGUUGCUUUAUUUUAUCGACGUCAUAUUGGUAUCUGGCUGUGUAGUCCUAGUGAACUAUUACUUAACGAUGAUAGAAUUAAUUUUAGAAUAGGUGAUCACUAUCGAAAAAUAUAAAUAAUUUGUGUAUUAUGUUGUGAUUUUAAUAUUUUAAUAAAUGCAUAAGAAUUGUAGCUUUUGA